AUGGAGGCGGGGGUGCGUUUGAACGCGGAGAAGGAGAAGAGCACCGGCGCCAUCGCAGACGACGACGAAGCCUUCAGGCUUCGCGAGUCGAGACGAUUGGACAAGGACAAGGAAUUGAUUCCACGAGUCGUCAUCGGUGGUGGUCUUGGUACGUCGACGUACUCCGCCGGCUGGGAGUCUCUCGCAGGCAUGGAGGAGCACGUCAAGACGCUCAAGGAGUUGACGCUCCUGCCGCUCGCGUACCCGGAGAUGUUUGAAAGUCUCGGCGCGGGCGCCGCGCGUGGCGUGCUUUUGCACGGACCUCCAGGAACGGGAAAAACAGCCGCUGUGCGUGCGAUGCUCGGCGCCGCGGCGAGAGGACCGAGACCGAUUAGCUUUUUUAGCCGGCUCGGCGCGGAUUGUUUGGGCAAGUACAGCGGCGAAGCCGAGCGCAAGCUCCGGUUGUUGUUUGAAGAGGCCGAAAAGCGCCAGCCGAGCAUCAUAUUUUUCGACGAAAUCGAUGGUUUGGCACCCGCGCGUCGAGGUGGUGGCGGCUCGGGCGCGCAGGAUGAGAUUCACUCCUCAGUCGUCGCCACUUUGCUCGCGCUCAUGGAUGGUUUGUCUGGUCGAGGGUCUGUUGUUGUUGUCGCAUCGACGAAUCGUCCCGACGCCGUCGAUCCCGCUCUGCGCCGACCUGGGAGAUUCGAUCGCGAGCUAUUUUUUGGUCUUCCAGACGCUGAAGCGCGUGCGGACAUAUUAGCCGUGCACACGCGCGCCUGGACGCCUCGGCCGAGUCGCGAGACGCUCGAAGCAGUCGCGAGCCGCACGGAGGGUUGUGCCGGUGCUGACUUGCGCGCGGUCGCGAACGCGGCGUUGAUGAGUGCGCUCAAG